UAUUGUUGUCUUGACCUGUGCUGGCUGGGUCUCAUUGAAUUUUCUCUUCUAUUGUGGUUGAUUUUUGAGAGAAGAAUUAUGGGUCUUUCAAACUAUCCUAGUGCAGCUGAAGGUGUAUUACCUGUGCUCGUGAUGAACACUGUUCUUUCAGUGGCACUUUUAAAGAACAUGUUUCGAUCGUUGCUCCAAGUAGUUGGUGCCACUCCAACAACUAGUACCUCGUAUUCUCCAAAUAUGGACCAAGAGUCGCACGAGAGUUCACGGGAAAGGAGGGUGUCAAUAACCCAUUACAAGUCCUUGUGCAACAACACCACAACUACGGUUGAGUGCUGCGUGUGUCUCUCGAGGUUUCAAGCGAAUCAAGAGGUGAGCGAGUUGCCUUGCAAGCAUUUCUUCCACAAAGGUUGCUUAGACAAAUGGUUUGAUAACAAACAUACCACAUGCCCUUUAUGUCGUUCCAUGGAAUAGUUAUAUAUAUAGAGAGAGCUAGUUGUUGUUGUCAAAGGUCAAAGGACUCAAAUCAAUGCUAGCUUGUUUCUUUUGUGUAACUUGUUUAACCAACUCUUGUUCUCUGUCUCUUUAGUUUAGUCUUUUAUUUUGGAACAAAUUUAGAGAUCACAAAAAAUUGUCCUUUGCUUGAAUUGUAUGUGCAAUUGUGAUAAGUUAUUUCAAAUCCCUUUUCAGCACUGCA